AUGGCCGCCACGGAAAAGAACCCCCAGGAACUCGAAAAGGCGUCGAGCCUGGCCCACGUGCCCCGCGGCGAUGAGUACGAGAAGAUGAUCUCAGGCAUGCUAUACAACGCCAUGGACCCAGACUUAGCCUCCUCCCGCUUCGAAGCCCGCCGCACCUGCCACGCCUACAACUCCUACUUCCCCAGCGACGCCUCCGCGACCUUCGCAACCCUCGCCGCCUACCGCCUCUCCCAGCUCCGCUCCUUCAUCGGCGCCGUCGGCGACGACGCCUUCAUCGAGCCGCCCUUCCGCGUCGACUACGGCUGCAACAUCCGCUUCGGCUCCUGUUUCUACGCCAAUUUCGGCCUCAUCAUCCUCGACUGCGCGCUGGUGACCAUUGGCGAUCGCGUCAUGUUCGGGCCGAAUGUGUCACUGUUGUCGGCGACGCAUGAGACGGAUGUGAGGAGUCGGAGGGCGGAUAUUGAGUAUGCGAGGCCGAUUACUAUUGGGGAUGAUUGUUGGAUUGGUGGGCAUGUGGUGGUGUUGCCGGGCGUGACGAUUGGGAAGGGGUGCACGAUUGGGGCGGGCGCGGUGGUUACGAAGGAUGUGCCGGCUUGGAGUGUGGCGUUGGGGACGCCGGCGAGGGUGGUUAGGACGGUGGAGCCUUUGGAGGAUAACAACACCCUUCGACCCGAACUGAAUGAACCCCCGAAACGCAACCGCGCAACCCUCCUCAAACUCCUCAGCGCCAGCUUCUCCUUCUUCGUCGCCGGCGUCAACGACGGCAGCAUCGGCGCGCUCAUCCCCUAUUUCAUGCGCCAAUACGGCAUCAGCACGACAGUUGUUUCCUCUGUCUUCGCAGCAAACUUCCUAGGCUGGCUCACAACCGCCCUAACAAACACCCACCUCUCCCAGCACCUCCCCCUAGGCUCUCUCCUCACCCUCGGCGCCGCCGCCCAAGUCCUCGGCCACGCUCUCCGCGCCUGGGGCCCCCCACCCCUGGGUCUGCUACUGUUCAGUUUCUGGCUGAUUACAGUCGGCCAGGCGUUUCAGGAUACGCAUGCGAAUACUUUUGUUGCGGCGGGCGCAGGGGGGAGUUGGGGGGGGACGCAUAGGUGGUUGGGGUUUGUGCAUGCUAUGUAUAUGGCGGGAUGUCUUGUGGGGCCGUUUGUUGCUACGGCUGUUGCGAGUGCUGGGAUGGAGGGGGAGUCGAGGUGGUAUUUUUUCUAUCUUUUUCCGUUGGGGUUGGGGUUGGGGAAUUUGGGGUGGGUGGUGGGGGCUUUUUGGGAUAGUGUGGGCUUGAUUAGGAAGAAGGCGGGAGGAACUGGUGCUGGGGGUGAGGGGGGAGAAGGGGAAGGGAGAAAUGAUACGGCUGCGGAGUUGAUCAAGACCACCCUGACCACGCCGAGCGUGUGGUUGUUGAGUCUGUUUUUCUUCUUCUUUCUUGGCGCGGCGAUUACGGUCGGCGGGUGGUUGGUGGAGUUCUUGGUGGUGGUUCGCGGAGGGGAGUUGGCGGAUAUGGGGUAUGUGCCGGCGGGCUUUAAUGGGGGCUGUCUGUUGGGACGGUUGUUGCUCGCUGAGCCGACGAAGCGGUUGGGCGAGCGGCGGAUGGUGUUGGUGUAUGCGGUGUUGUGUGUGGGGUUGCAGUUGUUGUUUUGGUUGGUGCCGAACAUCAUCGCGGCCUCGGUGGCGGUUAGCUUUCUUGGCUUCUUCUCCGGGCCUUUCUUCGCGACGGGCAUCUCGGUCGGAUCCAAACUGUUCCCCUCGCACAUUCACUCGACAGCACUCGCGCUGGUGUUUGUCAUCGGGCAGAUUGGCGGUUCCGCCUUCCCGAUCGUCACCGGCGUGCUGGCGACGCGUGUGGGUGUGUCGGUGUUGCAGCCGAUUCUAGUCGGUUUGUACGUGGCCACGGCGGUCUCGUGGUUGCUCAUUCCGAGGCCGAAGACGGCCAACGCCGCGUUGCAUGAGGAGUAA